CAGGCUGGCUACAUAUUGUAUAUGCACCACAGCCUCUGCCUGCCUUCCUCCCCGCCCCCCCGUUCUUACAGUAAGGGAAAGGCGGAACCGAGAAAGGAAGAGCUCUCCCUGCCUAUUGCUGCCGCCACCGCCUUCGAAGACAAGCAAAACAAGCCACCGUCUUCGUCCCCACUCUCCAAACCGAGGAAGUUAAUUUCCAAGGAGAUUUUUCCAGAGACCACAAAAGAAGGCUCCAAGCAGCUUCCUCCUCCCAUAAUCUUGGGCUGCCCUCAGUUCAGGGGGGGGGGGAAGAACACCAAGAAAAUGUGUGCGUGGAGCGGGGGAAGGCUCGAGAGCGAUUAGCCUGUCGAGAGGGAAGGCACACGGUUUAAGAAGCCGGAGGAAAAGCAUUUUAGCGGGUCUGCGGGGAGUGUGGCGGCUGCAGGAGCGGAGAAGGAAACGAGGGUGGUGUUUGCUCAAGGUCUCCUUGCGCUGCUGGGCAGCGAUUUUGCUGCUGUUCCUGGGCUGAAUGUUUCCAUGUUUUUUGGUGCAUGAUUGAAAGAAGAGGAGGAGUUGGAAUCAGUGAGUGGCUUCGGUGGGGGAGGUUGUGGUAGCGGCUGGGGUGUGUGUGUGUGUGUGCGCGCGCGCGCGCGGUGGUGGGGGACUUCGUGGAUGUGUCUGCUCGCCAGUAGCUAGGGCUUGCCUUGCUUUGCUGUCCCUGGGAGUGGGGCAGGGGGAGGCGGCGCCCAGCGAAGAAGGAGCAGGGCUUGCUUGUGUCCCUGGCUCGGGGUGUGUGUCUGUGUGUUUUCGGGGUGGGGGGCAGGGGUUGUGCCUGAACCAGUUAGGAAGAAUGACUCUGGAGUCCAUCAUGGCGUGCUGCCUGAGCGAGGAAGCGAAGGAAGCCAGGCGGAUCAACGAUGAGAUCGAGAGGCAACUCCGCCGGGACAAGCGGGACGCCCGCCGAGAGCUCAAGCUCCUGCUGCUGGGUACAGGAGAAAGCGGCAAAAGCACAUUUAUCAAACAGAUGAGAAUCAUCCACGGGUCAGGAUACUCUGAUGAAGACAAAAGGGGGUUCACAAAGCUGGUGUAUCAGAAUAUAUUCACAGCAAUGCAGGCUAUGAUCAGAGCUAUGGAAACACUCAGAAUUCCAUACAACUAUGAACAUAACAAGGGCAAUGCACAACUAGUUCGAGAAGUUGAUAUAGAGAAAGUGUCUUCAUUUGAGAACCCCUAUGUAGAUGCAAUAAAGAGUUUAUGGAAUGAUCCUGGAAUUCAAGAAUGCUAUGACAGACGACGGGAGUAUCAAUUGUCAGACUCUACCAAAUAUUACCUUAAUGAUUUGGACCGUAUAGCGAAUUAUGGCUACCUCCCUACCCAACAAGAUGUGCUUAGAGUUAGAGUUCCAACAACAGGAAUCAUUGAAUAUCCUUUUGACUUACAAAGCGUCAUUUUCAGAAUGGUGGAUGUGGGGGGUCAGCGAUCAGAGCGAAGAAAAUGGAUACAUUGCUUUGAAAAUGUCACCUCUAUCAUGUUUCUAGUAGCCCUUAGUGAAUAUGAUCAAGUACUUGUGGAAUCAGACAAUGAGAAUCGAAUGGAGGAAAGCAAAGCACUGUUUAGGACAAUUAUCACAUAUCCUUGGUUCCAGAAUUCUUCAGUCAUCCUGUUCUUAAAUAAAAAAGAUCUUCUAGAGGAGAAAAUAAUGUACUCCCAUCUAGUUGACUAUUUCCCAGAGUAUGAUGGACCUCAGCGAGAUGCACAGGCAGCACGAGAAUUCAUCUUGAAGAUGUUUGUCGAUCUUAAUCCAGAGAGUGAAAAAAUUAUCUAUUCCCACUUCACUUGUGCCACAGACACGGAGAAUAUCCGCUUUGUCUUUGCUGCUGUCAAGGACACAAUCCUACAGUUAAACCUGAAGGAGUACAACUUGGUCUAACUGUGCCUCUAAAGUCUCCUCUCCCCACAUCCCAUUUGGGCAAUUGAAGAUAUUCAAGAGGGACUGUAUUAUCUGUGAAAAUGAUCUGCAUAAUACUAAUUUAUUGCUGGCCUCGACUCUGUGAAUAUUCACAGAGUUUAUAGUAAAUAUUAUAAUUUUAUUUAAACUUUACAGAGGAAAAACAAAAGAUGCUGAACUACAUUCACAGCAUAUUUCCUCGGGUUUUUUAGUCAAAACCUUGUGACGAUGUGUGUUAAAUUCUCAGUCAUGCACUCACACAGGAUAGGGACUUGGGGUGAUUUUGUUGUUGUUGCUACUGAAGCAAACUCAAAUUGGUAUAUCAUUUUUCUCCCCUCACUUUCUUUAUUUUUCUAUUUUUUAAAGGUACAAUGGCCUUCCCACCCUCCCUGGCCCCAAAUUUUAUAUUUAUUGUUGAAACUGUUUCCUCCACACUGAUGUGAUCAGGGAAAUACUAUCUCUAGAAUUUAAGCCAUCAAGUGUUCUGAUUUUUCAGUAAAUACUUUUUUGAAGGAUCAAAUAUAAGGUUUUAAUUAUUGGCAGAGAUAUCAGAUAUAUCUUGGUACUGUCUUUGCACUGAAGGCUUUGGGUGUUGUUCAGUGGGGAUAUUAAUUGUAGCAGUGUUACUUUAAAUGUACCAUGGAAACUCAGCAAGCUGCACAGAAAUAGAGUAACAAAAAAAGCAAGACACAAAAGUGAUUCAUUAAAUAGGAUAGCUUUUUUUAAUUGCCACAUACCUUUUUGUGUGUGCACGUGCUCUCCCUCCCCCUACUACCAAAUCAAAGAUGCCAAACAGAAAUAUCACAGACACUACAAUAGCCUAAAAUGCAGUCAGUCUCCCUCUUUUUAAAAUCAGAACUUCUAGAUUUCUCAUCACAUGUUCAAACCUAUUUUUACUGUCUCUAAUAUUACAGGUUGCAGUAUUUGGCAGCUGCUCCCCCCAUCCCCCAAUAAAAGUGCUAACAUUAAAAUGUAAGAUUCUGAUUAAAAUGCCAAAUUAAUUUAUUGGGAAUCUGCAUGAUUCAGACAACUGCCAAAUACUCAAGCAGCUAGAUUUUAGCUUUCCUGUUCCAUCUUUGUAUUAGAAUGCAUUCCAUUCUCAAUGCCAAAAAAAAAAAGCAGUAUGAGUGAAAAUGUUGUUUGGUGCUACAUACACAAUGGGCAGAAUCCAGACAAAGUUAGUCAUGAAUAAAACCCAUUGAAAUUAAUGGAACUUAAAUUAGUUAUGACUAACUUAUCUCAUUUAAUUCAAGGGUGCUUAGUUACGACUAAUGUACUGCGCAAUAUCUACUAAUGGUAGAAGCGCAAUAUCUACUAAUUCAAAGUCAGUUUUACUUUUGUCUAAGGGUGGCAUAGGAUUGCACAGUGUUUUUUUUCUUAAAGCACCAUUCACUGAAAAAUAUGAUCUUGGAAAUGAAAAGCCCUUGGUUUGGUUGCUUGCUUCGUGAAUUUAAAGAUUUCUAAAUGGGAGCCUUUCUGAGUUGUUUCUAUAUAUAAAUAAACCAUGUUAGAAGGCUGAGUAUACCCAUUUUUAAUGAGAAAGAAAACAACAGCGCAUGCUUUGAUGAACAUCUCUUUUUGCAUCUUGGAUUGAAAGAUCAACUUCUAGGUUUUGUUUUGAAAACAACCCUGUAAAUAAGUGUGUUUCAAGUUGCAGGGUUGUAUAUGAGGGGUAGAGGGUCAGAUGUGAAAUUUGACUAAUUUUUCUAAAUUGCUGUGCUGUAAGACUUAAAUAGAAACUCUUGUUAUACAGCAGCAUAUGCAAGGGAGGGGGCAGUGAGAACUGCUUAUUAGUUGAGAACCAAAGUUUAACUAUGUGUACAAUCUACCAAGUAUUAAUUUUAGUGGCAUUGGCUCAGACUCAAAUUAUGAUGAUCAUAGGUGAUACCACAGCAGUGCUUGGUGGAUAGUCCUCAAUAAGUACCAAUAAGAUGUAACCCUUUCUAUUAAAAUUAAUGAAAAGUUGGGCUAUUUGAUUCCCUCAUCAUGAAACAUUUUGUAAUUUUAAAAAUGGUUGUAGGCAUAGUGCAAUUAUGAAUGCUAUAAUCAUUGUACAUACCUCUCACACACUCAGUGCUAUAAUCAUUGUACAUACCUCUUCCCCCCCAUCUCUCUCUCUCUUUCUCACACACACACACACACACACGUGUGUGUGUGUGUGUGUGUGGCAGCAUCUGUAUUGGCUUUGUAAUCAUUAAUUUUUGGCAGAUUGAAUGUGCUGUAUUGAUAUGUAUCUAUGUAAUUGUAAUGUAUGUCCUAUAGAUAAUUCACAUUUAAAUAAUGUUAUUUUAUUUACUUUUUUAAGAGAGAAGAAUGUAAAUUUUUGUCAGUUUAUUUCUGACUAGGGUUUUUUAUUUUAAUUUACAAAAAAGAAUUAUCAUAGUGCAGAGCGGUACUAGCAUCAUGCUGUAUAAAAUCAUUUGCACAACCUGUGUAGAGGUGAACUUGGAACACUCUCUCUCUCACACACACACACAAGCCAUUGACCUUUUUCAGUACAAGUUUUCAAAGGAUUUAACUCACAUAUAGAACACAGCUUUGUUGAAAGAACUUAGGCUGUAUGCUGCUGGACUGCAUUGUUCUUUGGCAAAUGGAAAGCAGCUUAGUUUUACACCUCUGGCCUUUUCAUGAGGGUGGCAUCACAAACUUGUUUUUACAGCACUAGGUGACACUCUGCGGUUACCUUGUGGUCAAGAUCUAUGCGGUAUCUAAUCUUGUGAAUGUGUUUGAUAUACCAUGUGACUGACAAACUUAUUAUUUCUUUAGCAUUGCUUUUUAUGGUGUAGGUUUAACAUGUUGAAUCCAUUCACAAAGGGCCACAUAGACCUCCAAGCACAACAGUGAGACAAAUUUUAAAAAUCACCUUGUGUUGGAAAGACUGCUGUUCUGGAUCCACUCCUCACACAUGCUGAUUUUCCUGCAUAGAAAUAGCUCAGUGUAGGAGAAGAUAUGUAUACCGCUAAUACAAUGUCGUGUGAUGAGCAAAUGUGGUGCCUAUAGCUCUGUGUGUACACAUGAUGGGAAGCUUGAGAUACAGAAAGUGUCCUGUGCAAAAGAGCCUUGAUGGGGUGGUUUUAGCAGCAGUCUUAAGGCAUUAUACCAAGUAGACUUUACCACUUCCUUAAAUAUGUCAUACUGCAAAAUGUUCCUCAGACCCAAACAGGUAAAAUUUGAAAGGUGAUACCUUACUUUAUCAUAGUUAAGUUGUCACUGAUACAGGUCUAAGUAAUAUAAAGUAUUAUGUAACAAAACUACAAUUAAAACAAAUGUCAAAAGUGACACUAAAAUUGGGUGCCGCGUGGGACAGAAGUGAUGCUUGAGACUUUUUAUUAACAGCUUUACACAUUUUGUCCUGUUUUUGCGAUAAACGAAGGGUAUAAUACAGCAGUUACUACUGUUGCGCAAGCCAGUCAUUUCAAUCAAGCUUAAUUGUGGCCCCUGCACAACUAAUAUGAUUAAAUAGUAUUAUAUUUCCAGUUUCUACCAUUUUCUCAAAAUCAUUCAAUAAGGAAGACUGAUCUUAUGGAAACUGAGUCUCCAAGUUAGUGGAUGUGACAAAGAAGCUCAACCAGUCUGUGUAGCUUUCAAAUGGCAAAUUGCUUUUAGACCAAUGAACAGGUUCAGGAAAUGGCUGCACUCAGGACUGGCAGUGCUUGUUGGUCUCAUCUGAAACAACCAUUAAAUGGUGAGCUGCUACAUCAUGAGUCAAUGGCAGAUGUGGGAUCCCAGAUCCCAUCAUUUAUGUGGAAUCUCACACACGUGGUGGUAAAAUGAAUGGAUGUUGUGGAGCACAAAUGUUCAAUGGCUUGUGCUCAGUCCUAGGUUUCUCCUCAAGGGUGCAUGACACUAUCCCUUCUAUUAAACAGAAAACAAGUUGAUCGCCUACAGAGGUGUAUUUUUUCUUUGUUUUUUAAUGUGAACUUACAUAAAGGAAAUGGUAGAAAUCUAAAGCCUAUUGGGGACAUAAUUUAUUACGAGUCUUUGCGAAAAGUCUAGAAGUGGGUGGAAGGACUUGGUUUUAAAACACGUGUAACAAAGAAUCAAAAUUUUACUUUAUUCCUCCUAGAUUUAUUACAAAACUCUUGUGCCACUAGCAUAUUGUAGGCAAACUGGACUUGUGGCAAGUGUUUAGAGCAAUGAAGCAAGUUUUGGGUUUGAAAGUUGGAGACUUUGAUGGCCAAGGCUGGUUUUCUUUGAAUCACCAGUACAACAUUACCAUGUGCUGGUUCAUCACAGCCAUUUUUUUAAAAGUGACACUGCAUUUCACAGUUGCAAUUUAUAUUUGCUCAGAUUUUUGUUUUAGAAAUUGGUUGAUUUCUUCUCUGCCUUAUGGAUCUUGAGCCCAGACGUUUGUGCCUCUUAAGACUAAGCUGAGAGCAAAAGUAACAAAACAAAAGCCUUUUAUCUUUGCCAAAACAAUGUAAUUGUGCUGAAUGUCAUAAAGAGAGGAGGACUGCCAAAGACAGCUUCUUGGGAUUGUGUGUCCUUGUUCAUUAGGAAUACAAUCCACUGGGAAAUUCCCCUUCUCAAGCCUCUUUAAGAUUAAUGGGAGUUGUGUAAAUGCAACAUCCUUUCAGCUCAGUUGGGCUUGUACAGGAGAACCUACUAGGAACAAACCCAUAAAAGCUAUUAAUAUGUGGGAUCUUUGUGUUUUGUUUUGUAACUCUGAAACCUUGCCUUUCUCACAAGGUGACUAGUGCUGUCCUGACAUAUGAAGGAUAAAUGCAUGUAUGUCAUUUUUUAUUAUUCAAAUAUUUUGAUUAUUUUGAUUGUCAGUCAAAUAUUAUUUUUGAUUGUCAAGAUUAUAUGAAUAGGGGUUUUUUUAAAAAAAACUAUACCACCUCAUGAGUGUGAAUUCCACCACCACCCUUCCCCAAGUUUAAAGUGGAACAGACUUUUUAUACUGGGUGUCAGUCAGAAUUGACUGUGUGGUUUGCAAAAAAAUUUCAUAGUGGGGGAAAAGGGCUGCAUAUUAAGAUACUGCUAGGUUUUCCCGUUCUUUGGUUUUAAGAUGUAAAUGACCUUUGACUUAUCCAUUGACCCUUCCCAUUUGUUUUUCAUUCCUCACAAAAGAUGGAAAUGAUUUUUAAAAAUCAGAAAUGUUAACACACAAAAAAAUAAAAUGUACCCAAAUAAAUUAUAAUGAUGUGCUGCUCUUCUUGAAACCACAAAAGUUAUCUCUUUCACACCAUCUAUGACAGUACUUUCAUUUUAAUUAUUUGUUUGUGCAUGGUGUGUUAAUGUGGCCUACCAAAGACCUACCUCUAGCUAAAAUAUAACUGUAUAGCCAGCUUCUAUCUUUGGAAUUUCAAAUACUGUCACGAUCAGAUUAUGACAUGUGUUGCAUAUGCCUCACUGCUGUAUUUUGACAAUUCAGGUAUCUGCUUUUGUAAACAGAAUCCUUUCAAAACACAUCUAUACAUCUUACAGCUUAGAAUGUAUUAAAUGUAGAUCUGCUCUGAACAUAGCCUUAUAACUAUUCAGAAGAUUACUACAUACUCUUUCUUAUCCAAAGCAAGAUGGUCCCGAUCUAGGGUUCUGUAUCCUCUGAUGUAUACAUGGGGCUUAUCAAUGGAGUGGGGCAGGGAAGUAUUUCAGGUUUGUUCCAACCUAAAACACUGAAAUCAUUCUCGAAAUCAUUCUGGGCAAGAUAACUCCUGUACAGAUUAGACCUCCCAUGGCUGCAAAGUAUUACCGGAUUGGGGUAUGUAUAUUCAAGUCACAUCUUUUCUUCUCCAGCCCACUAGAAAAUUGGUGGUUUUAACUGUUACAUGUGGAUGAUUCAGUGGCUGCUCACUUUAAUAGUCCCAUUGACUUUUAGUGUGCCUAUACUCAUGAAAGUGGUAGCUUUUUUUUUUAAAGACUUUUGAAUGCAAUUAAAAAUGCUUACAGAAUAAAACUCAAAUGAUUUGGACAAGCUUGUUCUCCAAAUAUGAAGUAUUUCAAAUGUCAGCCCACAGAAACAUUUGGCUGUACAGAAGAAUGUUCCUCACUCCAAAGGAUACUGUAAGAUGCAAUUUGGCAGUGCUUUAUUUAUAACUACCUUGGAGGCUGGCCUUGUAGGAUGUAUACUUAGGAGGUAGGACUCAUACUUUUAACAUUGCAGGAUUUUAUAAAUUUGCACUUGUUCUUAAUGUCCUUCAAAUGCAUGUAUUGCCAAGUAGUUUUGACAACUAAUGUAUAAAUACUGUCCCAAAUGACCUUGCUAGUUAAGAGUACAGCAUUUUUGGCCAUAAUUUUGUACUCCAGUAUCUCCAUUCAUUUACAUUUGCAUCUCUUGAAGUACUUUUGGCUUACUGUUCUCUUUAAAUGCUUUUAAAAAAAAUUAUAAGUAUUGGAAUAAAUAUUUUUAUUCCAGCAA